CUUGCCAACUACGCUUUCUGUAUUAUUUGUGUGUUUCGUUUGUGUAUUAAAUGAUGUGAAACUUCAACCUUAGCGAUUAGAUCGGUAGCCAAGAGACAGGCGUUUCUAAAUCAACAUGUAAAUUGUUAGUUCUGUCAAACAAAAUUGAAUCGUCGCCUCUCAUUCCCUUGCAAAUUUCGCUGCAAGCUAAAGAUGACUCCGGAGGACUCUGGUUAGUUCUACACUCGAGUCUGAGGGCCGUGAAUGUCACGCUUGAGUUGUAUGUUACCAAUUUUAGGCAUAUAAGAAAUUCAUCACGUUAGUUAUAUUUGUAUAGUAGAAGCUUCCCAAGUUGUGUCUAUAACCACAACGAGAGUCGUCGAUUGUCCGAGUGUACUCGCGUUCGGAAGAACCAAAGAACAUUGGCUUUGAAGAUCCGAGGCAACUUGAAUUUAAAUAUUUGAACAAAGAAUUUCGCAAUCAUCCCUGGAUUUAGUAUAUUAUCUACAGUAUUUAUCAAAGGUCUUCUGGAGUUAGCGUGCCAGGAUUCUUGGGGCUAAGUUGAUAGACGGCGAAACGCUGUUUCCUCGAAGGUCCGGCGUAAUUUGAUAUCGAAAACAAAAAGUACUUUGCAAUAUUUGUAGUCUACGCUUGCUGAAUCGGUUUCAGAAGACAUAUUUACAAGUAAUCGGCAAGUUUACCGGCUUUACGUCUAAAUAGAAAUCGGCAAAUAUCUGUGGAAUUUUUGGGUGUUCCUACAGCAAGUUCUAGUUCGGUUCCUUUGGCAACUGGGGCUGAAAUUCACUGGAGACUGAAUAUUUGAAUAUUAAACUUGUGUGGUGUAGUUUUUAAAAGGAAAGAGAAGUUCACCACGAGACUUUUGAGUUGGGAAACUCUACAAAGACACAGCCUGUCGUAAAUCAAGUUUUCGAACGGACAUCACAAAAUGCCUUGUGAAGUCAACUACGAGUGUUCAAAGGAAAGUGAAGGUACUCUAUUGUUACCUAUACUUAAUGAAAGCGAAUGGUCUGAAGCUGUGCGCAUUAUAUUCUAUUUGGUUGCCUUGGUUUGGUCUUUUACGGGCGUCGCGAUCAUCGCCGAUGUCUUCAUGUGCGCAAUUGAAACAAUCACGAGUAAAGUUAAGAUCAUAAAAGUCGCAAAGCCAGGCGCUGCAAACGAUUUCGAAGAGGUGGAAGUUCGCGUCUGGAACGACACCGUCGCGAAUUUAACUCUAAUGGCACUCGGGUCGUCUGCCCCGGAAAUUCUCUUAUCUAUUAUAGAGAUCAUCGGCACGAAUUUCGAAGCCGGGAAACUGGGGCCGAGCACGAUCGUCGGCUCCGCUGCGUUCAAUUUGCUCGUGAUCACGGGCGUGUGCGUCAUGGCGAUACCUAAUGGUGAGGUACGGACGAUCAAAUCGCUAAAGGUGUUCGCCGUGACGGCUGUGUGCUCCGUCAUGGCCUACGUCUGGCUUGUGAUAAUCCUGAAGGUUAGCAGCGAAAACGUCGUGGAUCUCUGGGAGGCCAUUUUUACAUUUCUCCUCUUUCCGAUGUUGGUUAUUGUCGCUUACAUGGCCGACAAGGAACUGGGCUGUUCUUCCUCUGGAGUGCGACCCUCGCAAGACAUAGGAAUGCUCGAAUUAGCUGAGGGUUCCCAGGUACUUGAGCCUUCGAAGGACCCAGAAAUCAUGGCUUUCAUCAAGGAGUUGAAUCAGAAUAAUCAACUCACUGAGGAGGAUCAAGCAAAACUUGUCGCGAUGCGAAUUCAGGCCAAGACGCCGAAGAAUUAUGGGUACUACCGCGUUGGAGCACUACGGGGGAUUGGAGGAGGCAAGAAGCUGACGCCGUCAAUGAAUACUCAUUUACAUGAGACCUAUGACGAACUUUCUGAAGUACAGUUCUCAUCUGAUGCACUAUCCCAUAUUCGGUCCUCUGAGUCAGAACCGCCGAAAACGUUUGUUGAAUUCGCCUCGCCACAAUACGCGGUGUUGGAAAGUUCCAAAAUUGUAAAAAUCGCCAUCAUAAGAACUGGCAAUACAAAGAUACCAGCUGUUGUGAACUUCGAAACUAUUGAUGGCACAGCAAUGGCACAGUCGGACUACAUUGCGAAAAAGGACUCGUUGGUAUUUAAACCCGACGAAACGAUAAAACACGUCACAAUCGAGAUCGUUGACGACAAUGAGUGGGAAGAAGAUGAAGUGUUCUUCGUUAAACUCUCCUGUUAUGAUGCUUCCGAUAAACAAGUUCAGAUCGGCCAUCAGAGCAUCACUGAAGUCACCAUUAUCAACGAUGACGAACCUGGUGUGAUAAGUUUUCAAAAGCCCAGUUAUGUCGUAAAAGAAAGUAUCGGAAAGGCCAGUUUAGUUUUGGAGCGUACCAAAGGGACCGACGGGACUGUUAGUGUCACGUGGACAACCAAGGACCAAUCAGCGACCGAAGGUAAAGACUAUGUUGGCGGAACUGGAACGGUCGUGUUUGAGCACGCUGAACAGAUCAAGACGAUUGACAUUGCCAUCAAUGAUGAUAAAGAAUUCGAAAAGGAUGAAUCGUUCAUUAUUGAGUUGAAAAAUCCGACCGGAGGCGCCACCCUAGGUCGUCUUCAGAAGACUAUUGUCACCAUAGUAAAUGACGAUGAGUACAAGCGGGUAUUUGACAGAGUUGUUGGUCUCACGCAUCUUAAUUUGAACCGCAUGAAGCUCGGUUCGGAGACCUGGGGACAGCAGUUCAGGAAUGCAAUGUCAGUGAACGGGGGAGAUGUGGAGAACGCAACGUCGAUGGAUUAUUUCAUGCAUUUCAUUACCUUCCCAUGGAAAGUUAUCUUUGCUCUAUGUCCCCCCUGUACCUGGCUUGGUGGCUGGCUAGCGUUCUGUGUUGCCUUGGGAAUGAUUGGCAUUCUAACCGCAGUCGUUGGCGAUCUUGCCACCAUAUUUGGCUGUCUGGUCGGCCUGAAAAAGGAGGUCACCGCCAUCACGUUUGUCGCCAUGGGAACCAGUUUACCAGAUCUUUUUGCCAGCAAGACCGCGGCAACUGCUGAAAAGCAUGCCGACGCGUCUGUGGGGAAUGUCACUGGUAGUAAUAGUGUGAACGUGUUCCUUGGCCUGGGUACGCCAUGGGUGAUUGCAGCUGCCUACUGGCAUGCCAAGGAUAAGGUCUUUGUUGUGGAAGCUGGUACUCUGACAAUCAGUGUAAUAGUGUAUGCAGUUUGUGCAACGAUUUGUCUAGCUUUUCUCGUCCUACGGCGGCGUGUUUCUGCAUUUGGAAACGCCGAACUGGGUGGGCCUAACAAGGCGAAAUAUAUUACCGGAGUUUUCUUUAUUUCUCUCUGGUUCGUUUACAUCAUUAUCUCAUCUCUCGUAAGCUACGACGUACUGGAUGUGAAAAUAUAAACUGUGGAUAGAAAUCUUUGGCAGAAUUCAUCUAACUGAUCCGAAACAUGGGAGAGCGUUCUGGACGAUUAAAAUCCACGAGAUAAUAAUGAAAACUGUCAAAUGUAAUUUUUCAGUUUUACUAUUACCACGCAAGUGUAUGCGCUAUCAAAUAUAUCUUGUCUGUAUCAGUCUGUAUGUAAAUUACUGUAAAUAUAGUUUCAUAAACUGGUCGCUUUUAACCUACACCAGUCGGGUAAUUUAGUAAAAUGUUUUCUAUUAUUCAUAAAGUGGUCAUGAAAAUAUUAAAAAAUAUGG